AUGUAUACAAGGAAGGCUCUAGGUAUUGAAAAACAUAGAAGAUAUGACCCAAAAAGAGAAAGAAUCAUGUCCGUCCAAAGCGGUCCCGCGUCAGAGAAGAGGCAGGUGUUAGAUAGCAGGGCCUUACUUUCAGAAAAUAAUCACGUGAACGUCAUAACAACGGAAACGAGCGAUGCGGUGAUUGAUAACGGUUCAGAUGAUGACGUCAUCGAAGUCGUGAGGGACGAGGCGCCCAUCGAAAUACUGUCAGACGGUGAAGAAAUGGAAAUCGAGAAAUCUAAGCAAGCAAAUGUGUCCUUUUCUCAACAUUUCAACUUCGCCGCGCCAAAUACUCCAGCGGAAACGACAUUAGACGAGAGAGAAUUAAGUGAGCAAGAAGAUCCACUUAAAAGUAAUUUCUGUGAAAUUGAAAACACUUUUACGAUGUCAGCACAUGAAACGAACGCAGUACCAGUCAUCACUCGCACCGCAUCUUUAGAAGACCUGGCUAAGGCAGAUGACAAAUCGAACCAUGACAGCAGCGGUGAAAACUGUUUUAUAAACGUGACUGACGUUGGGAACAGCUCAGAAAACGAGGCGGAGCAACUUAAACAAAAAGUGCAACAAGAUUUAAAUUUAAAUUUAGAAAAAGAUCAAUCAUUAAACAUUAAUGUAUCGGACGUUCCUAUAGAUAACUCAUUAGCCAAUACGAUGACUAGCGACAGUGAGAGAAUGCAGUAGUCGUUAUUUUAUAAUUUAGCUCCACGGUCAAUAUUGAAUUUAUCAAAAUAAUAGUUUUGAUAACUUUGACUAUCAAAGUUCAUGAUUCA